AUGGUCAUGUUGCCAGGGAUCUACACGGGCUUUAACAUGUCAAUGGUAUGGACUGCCAACACCAUGUACCGGCCGGCCGCCAAACGUGCAGCUGCAGUAGCGUUCAACAACGCUUGCUCCACGUUGGCUAGCAUUUACGGCUCAUACCUGUACCCGAAUGAUGCUGCUCCUCGCUUCGUGUUGGCUUUCAGCGUGAAUGCGGCAAUGGCGCUGAUGGCCAUUCUUGCGAGUACGCUACUGCACUUUGUGCUGAAGAGGGAGAACCGAAAGCUGGAGUUGAAAGAGCGGGAGGCUGAAGCUGCUGGCCACGUCAAUGUUGUGGGCAAGGGUUUCAGGUAUCUCAUUUGA